AGAAAAAAAUCACUUACUGUUCGAUCAAUGAUAGAGACACGUCGCAACUAGAGUUGUACCUUUUCAUACGUAUUCAAUUUUGUUAAGUUUUUGUUUAAAUUUAAUGUUAUCAUCAAAUUGGUGUGGAAAAUAUGUUAUAAAAACGAUAUAAAAUUGCAAAUUUAGCAAAAUAAGUGUGUUCGAAUAAAAUUUGAUCAUCGUUUGGAUUUCAUCGUGAGUCAGUUGAGAGAGACUAAAGACACCACCAAACAGUCCAAACAUAACCAACAAAUCACAAAGACUUGAUUCAUAGCGUGUUUACAUUCCGCAUUCAUAUCAACAUCAUUUUUUCCACUGUAAUUGGAUUUAUUGCGUCAAUUCAACAUGUCAUCACCGCCAAACAAGCGAAUGAAACUGCAGUCUGUGAAGCGAUCGCACUCAGAUGAUUCGAACAAGGAAAACCAGGACCCAGAACACAUUCCUAAGCGAAAGGUAGCAAAACGACGAUCCGUGCUAAAUUUUAUUGAUCUCAAUACAUACGUUUUGCUCAAUGUACUCGAUUAUCUUGAUUAUGAAGAUCUGUGCAAUUUGGCCACUACAAGUCAUCAGAUGCGAUCGGUCGCCCGGAAGUCAUUUUCGCUUCGAGCCAACAAUGGGAUCAAUUUUCCUUUGCGUCAACCACACUCGAAUGGUACAACAUUGAUACGCGUCUUGGAAACCUUUGGCGAUCUAAUCACAUCGAUCAGCAUUUCUAGUUCCACAGCAAAUCAGUAAUAAAAUUGAUUUGUCGUUUUCACAUGUUUUUGGUGUCUUAACACCGAUUUUUGAGCUCCGGCAUACGAAAAUGAAAAUCUUAUCCUUGAAACUAUAUCGAAACAUUCCAAAUACGGUUUAAACAUCAAACACUUUGCCAGCACAUUCGAUUAAAUUAUUAUUCUGAACACAAAUCUGAUGGAUGCGAGGCAGUUUGAUGUUUUUAUUUUCGUCACAUUUGUUUAAUUUUGUUUUGCGUAAAUCGUCAAACACUCGCUCUUUUUUUAUCAAUCGAAAAAACUUUGUAAGAGUGAAGAGGAGCUGACAUGCCAAGAGACAUUAAUAUUUAGAUGAUGUUUAAAUGUUUAUAGUCAAAAUUGUCGAUAUUUGUAGAACUGUAGCAAUAUUUGGUCAGUGUUGGAUUUAAAUGGCCAAAUACAAUUAUUGAGAAUUAAUGAAAUUGAGCAGCAAGAAAUUUGAAUAUUUGUAUACUUUUUUUUUAAAGAAAAUGAAGAAAUUAGAUGGAUUACAUCAUUCUCGAAAUUGACAUUAUAACACAACAUUUCCAGCGGAAUUUAUAAUUGUGCGGAUUAUUUUUUGUAUAAAUCGCGACCUAAAUAUCAUAAGUGUCAACAUAUUCAUACAUAAUAAUUGUAAUCUAAAAUAAAUAUCUGAAUCUAUACAAUGAAA